UAGGACUGAUAUAUCUUCUGUUUCAAGGUGUUCUGCUGUAUGAGACUUUGGCAUGGGAAGUGAGAAUGCCAACACAAAUUCAUGGCCUCAAAGGUUCCUGUCUGGUUAUACCGUGCUCUUACUCUUACACUUCAUACCCACCUACUAACCCACGUAGAGUUGUGUGGUAUCAGUAUGUGUCGAAAGGCUACCCUUUAGUUUAUGAUCCCUGGUAUCCAGACAGUGUCAUUGACAAGUUCAAAGGAAAAACUGAUAUAUAUAGGCAUACAAACUCAGAUCGGGAUUGUAGUCUGCUGAUCAAAAGCGUGGAUUCGUCCCACAAUGGAGAAAAAUUAUAUGCAUGGAUUGACCCAGAAAAAAUUGGAAAGAGCACCUAUAAGUUUUAUGAUGUCACCUCCACGAUUAUUGUUGACACAAAUCCACAGCAGCCCAUCAUUAAUAUUUACGGAGGUUUAAAGAUUGGUGACAGGAUUACAGUAGAGUGUUACACUUACCACACCUGUCCAUACAGAAAACCAAACAUCAUUCUGAAGGGUAUUGAAGGAUCUGAUAAUGUAGAUGAUGUUCAUAUGGAAAAUGGUCAAUGGAAAACCACUCUGACACGCACCGGUGUUGUGAAGGCUGAACGCUCAGAUAUUGAGUGUACUGUAACACAUCAUGGAGGCAGAACAACAAGAGCUACAAAAUCACAAAGUGCAAAAUGUGUCCAUUCUAGUAUAACCAUUGAGCCUAAAUUGGCAGACAUUAUAGAGGGUGUUGAUAUGAACUUCACUUGUACCGUCCAUCAUUCCUGCCAGACGAAUCCUCCGAUCCUCUCCUGGAACUAUGAGAAUAUGCCGGUCAAAGAUGGAAAGAAACAACUAGCAGGGUUUGAAUUGGCCACCUUUUCCACCAUAACAUUUUUGGGGACAAAGAAAGACGAUGGGAAGAAAUUAAUCUGCACUGCAAAUAUUUCUGGACAGAAAAUCACAGCAUCUGUCGACUUACAUGUACAACAGUCUCCAAAACCAGUGACUCCAGUUCAAGAUAAUAUAUCUGUUUCCCAGAAUGAACCUGAGUUGAGGACCUUUGACAUGAAGACAAUUGGGCUUUACAUUCUAGCCCCUUCAUUUGCUUUGCUUCUCAUUUGCAUAUUUGCUGGAGUCAUCAUAUAUAAGAAGUGUAACAGGUCUUCACCUGCUAAUCCACAAGAAUCACAGCCUAAACAAAGGUCAAAUGAUCUGUAUGCAGCAGCGGCCCAUAUACCAUCACCAAAGAGCCCAAAUGUGCUGUAUGCAUCACCGGCCCGCAUACCAUCACCAAAGAGUCAGGGACAAUCCUGCCCUAUGGAGGAUUAUGAAGAUUAUUACGCCAAUAUGGGAGAUCCCAGCAUUUAUGGAAACGUCUUAUGAAAAUGCUCCACAUCACAUCCAAAGUGUGCUUAUACAGUGUUUAAAACAGAAAAAGACAAAAGUCAAACAUAUGUUUUAGUAAAUAUUAAAAAAUACAACUUUAUCAUGGAUAUGUCUUGGAAAUAAUAGUAUAUUAUACUUACUGUAACUUUGUCUGAUUUGUUUGGCAUCUGGAUCUCUCUUUGGCUUUUCAGCUCUGCUGAGCAAUUUGUAUAAGCAAACAACUUUUCACUUAAAGGGAUAAUUCAUUCAAAAAUGAAAAUCUUGUCUUCACAUUACUAACACCUGUUUCAAAACUGUAUGAGUUUCUUUAUUCUAACACAGAGGUGAUAUUUUGAUAAAUGAUGGUGAGCACAAUACACUGUAAAAAAAUGCAGAACGAAGUUAAAACAACUCCGUUUUUCAAGUCAAUUCAACCUACUAUUUUAAGUUUUGGCUUAAAAAAAGUUGACAUAACUUAUAAAUUCAAGUUGAAAUUGUUUAACUUAAUUUUUUAAGUUAAAGUAACUUAAAAAUAUAUGUUGAUUUUGACAAAAAUUGCACAUUUUUUACAGUGUACCUAUUGACUUCCUUGGUAUUUGCUUGUACUAUUAUGGCAGUCAAGUGUGUGUUUACCUACCGUCAUUUAUCAAAAUAUCUUUUUUGUGUGUUUAACAGAAUAAAGAAACUCAUACAGGUUAAGAACAACAUGAUAGUGGGUAAAUAAUGACUAAAUUUUCAUUUUUGGGUGAACUAUCCCUUUACAAAUUAUGUAUCAUUGUAAAUAUAAAAACAAUUCUAAUGCUGUUUUACAUGAGAAUUAAAUAUUAAUAAAUCAUAAAAUUGAUUAAACAUGAAA